AUGCGACCCGACCAGCUCAGGACAAAAGUUACAAAAAUCACUGCCAUCGACAAGGUCUUUUCUACUCAAGAGACUGUAGCGCAGACGGCAAGCCAAAAACUCUCACAACCCGCAUACAUUAUUAUAACGCAAGAAGGUGACAAACCGAUCAGUGAGAACACGAUGCGACGAAGAUUCAACGGACCCCACAAACCGCCGGGAUGUGCCGCAACUCAGGAGAGUCGUAAUUCGAUUGCGCCUGCCCAAUCCACCACUCCAUUCCGACCGAGAAGCAAUUAG